AUGGUAGCAGCAUAUGUGCGAGGUUCGGAUGAAAAGACCCGGUUACUUCGCAGAAACAUUAUUCGCUACUGCGUUCUGUCACAAGCACUCGUGUUCCGGGACAUUAGCAUGAGAGUCCGGAAACGAUUCCCCACCAUCGAAACGCUCGUUGCUGCUGGUACGUUUUCAUUUCUCUUUCUGACCACUACACGGUGCUGUAUGCUGCAGGAAAUUAAAAUAUUCCGCACGAAUAUGGCCAUUUUAUGUAAUUUCGAUUGGGUGCCACUGCCCAUCAUGUAUCCGCAGUUAAUUGUCUUAGCCGUUCACACAUAUUUUCUCGUUGCCGCCGUCGCCAGGCAAUUCAUUAUCAGUGAAGAAGCCUUGAAUAAGACGCCGACGGAUAUUUAUUUUCCGUUUAUGACAGUGGUACAAUUUGUCUUCUACAUGGGUUGGCUAAAAGUGGCAGAAGCGAUGCUGAACCCGUUUGGUGAAGAUGAUGAUGAUUUUGAAUGCAAUUUUCUCCUUGAUAAAAAUCUUACUAUUGGUCUCACAAUUGUCGAUGCUGGUUAUAACAAGACACCAGCUCUGCUCAAAGAUGUCUUCUGGAGCGAAAAGCAAAUCGAACCACUGUAUUCGGCGCAGUCCGCUCGAGAGGAGCAUCGCAUCUCCGGUGUUACUGGAUCAACCGCUAACGUCAAGUAUCAGAGCAACACUUCCUACAAACUCUUUCACAUAUUGGAUCAAAAAAACUUUGGUCCUCAAAAUUUCAAGUUCUGCAAGCUUAUAUGCAUCUCGUAUCUGUCCUUGUACAAUCAAGCAAAAAACUUGCAGAUUCGAGGAAAAAGAUGGAUUAAUUAA